AUGGGGAGAAGAAGAGAUAAAGAGUUACCCAAGAAGGAUGGUGUUGUCACCAGGUGGCAGUGCUCGAUGACGUUAUUGGCAAUAGUGCUCGAUGGUGUCGCUGGCAGUGUUCGAUGGUUAGUGACUGGCACGGUUGGCGGCGCUAGCGGAGGGAUGAGAAUGUCACUAACAGAGAUAGGAGAUUGGGGGAUAAAGAAUUAUGGAGAAAGAGGGGUGUUGCUAGAUAGAGAAGAGAAAUAG